AUGGCCGUCAGGCUCCCUGCCAUCCUCCUUUCAUCGAUCUACCUCCUCGUCUCGCUAAAUGGUGAUUUCUUCAUCGUUUAUCGUCUCCUGUUUCUACCGCCGACAUUUGCUUUUGCAACAGCCUCUCACGUCGAGUCCGCUCGGACCUCGGGCAGCUUCCACUGGUACAAUGGGUUGUUCGUGUUUGGAGAUUCCUUCGCCGACACCGGAAACUUCCCCAAGGCAGAUUUGAGCCAAGUUACUUGCCAGUGGUACAAACCCUACGGCUGCUCCCAUGGGCUUCUCCAGGAUCCAACCGGGCGCUUCUCCAACGGCUUCGUUCAUUCGGAUUUCAUCGCAAAGAUUCUGGGGCGCACCAUGGCCCCCGAGACGUACAGGGACACGAAAGAGAAUAAUGGCGACAAGUUCGGCGUGAACUUCGCCGUGGGUGGCGCCGGCGUGUUCGAGGUGCCGCGCAAGGCGCCGACCCUGGCCAAGCAGAUCGACUCCUUCUAG